AGGUUUUCCCCCUCCCUGUGUGGGCCAAACAUUUCAUGCAGACGAUAUCUGUCCUAUUCUUCGUCACACGAUUCAGCCUUCGACACGUUUUUCAACCUAUUGCGGAUCUGCUGUGUUAUGUGCUGACAUAUGGGCUACCAUACACACAGAUACACACACACAUAUCAAAUGUGUUAAUACUCUUUAAUUUUAGUGUAGUUACCAGACUGCUUUGAAUAUUUAUUCUCCAACCUUCAGAAAUAUGGAUUAUGUGAUGUAGAUCUGAUCUAGUGUGUACAUUUACAGGCAACUCUUGGGACUUGUAAUAUGUUGUCACAAGAUUAAGACUGUCUGUAUAGUUUCAUUACAGUGACGCUCCCAAUGAAGAUCGACCUAUGAGUUUCUGGUCAUGUGUUCUCUACGUCAUCGCCAAUAUUGUUGGUAUGCUGUUGUACUGGCAGUAUCAGCGCCAGAGAGCACAGAGGCAGCAGGAGUUAGAUGACGCGGAAAGAGAUUAUCCCGACUAUGAAGGCAGCAUCCAGACCACUGCCCGCUACAGCAGACAGAACCGCUUGACCGCCAGUCAGUCAUCCCUCUUGUCCAUGCUGGGGCUGUCCUAUAAUGGAUACAAAACAUUCUUUGCGUUCGAGGAUAGAUUUGGUAAUUUCGAAGAUGUGGCCAAGGCGUGCAGGAAGGCUGGACUAGAGACCUGUGGACUGAUAGUCGGGGUAGACUUCAGUGCCAGCAACGAAUGGCAGGGCCGAAAAACAUUUGCGGCUCAAAAUCUUCAUAAAGUUCUUCCGGGGAAAAUUUUUAAUCCAUAUCAGAAGGUAAUAUCUAUUAUGGGUCGAACACUGGAAUCUUUUGACGAAGACAACUUGAUACCAGCCUAUGGCUUCGGGGAUAACAUAACCAUGGCACACUCAGUGUUCUCUUUCAAAGAAAGUGAAAGUGGCCAGGAGGAACCAUGUAAGGGAUUUACUGAGGUGCUAGAGAAAUAUGGAGAGAUAGCCAGUAAGAUAACAUUAGGAGGACCUACAGAUUUUGCGCCAAUUAUCAACAAAGCAAUAGAUAUUGUUAAAAAUUUAAAGAAGUAUCAUAUACUUAUAGUGAUAGCAGACGGCCAGGUCACUGAACAAAGUAACACUAUAAAAGCAAUAGUUGAGGCUUCACUAUACCCUCUCAGUAUUAUCAUGGUGGGUGUUGGUGAUGGCCCUUGGACCACCAUGGAACAGUUCGACAACUGUUUACCAGAACGCUGCUUUGACAACUUUCAGUUCGUCAACUUCCAUGCCAUUGUCAAAAGCUGCAGAAAAAACCCUGAUGCUUGUUUUGCAUUACAUGCAAUGAUGGAGAUACCAGAUCAGUAUAAAACUAUCAAAUCACUUGGAUACCUGAAUGAUGGUGGACAAAUUUCUGACAAACUUGGAGCAACAGCCAACACAGAAGUCAAUAAAAAAGAUCUGUAAAACUUGACUGAGAUAAUCAUUCAUAUCUGUAACUUUGACCUAUAUUUGCCAUCACCAAAUUGACCAUUCUAUAAAAAUGCUAGCGCACCUUAUUUUAAUGACUUCAUCAUCUUAUAAACUAUGAACCCUUGACUCGAUUAACUUUCAACUAUUCUUUGUCUUAGUUUGUACUUUUUUUAAGUUCAUACCUUCAGAUUGUGUCUGUUUUUUUCCCCUCAGUUUUCCAUUUAGUGCACGCUUUUGUUUAUGCAGACUAAAGCAGUCAGUUCCCCAUUCACUUAAUGGAUGUAGUUUCUACAGCGCAUGACAUUAUCAGUACCCCAUUAUUUUCUGCUUUGUAGACAAUGAUAAAUGAAUAUGCUUACCCACUUCAUGUGCUAUAGAAAGCUGGUUUGUUCUAUGCCUCUUUGAAUUCCAUCUUAUUGUAAAUAUAUUGUUUGAUGGUUACAAGUACUUACCAGUGUCAGCUACAAAUUGACCCACACCUCUAGACUUCAUAGCUUUUAGUUAACUGUUGAACAAACUGUUUAUUAUUGGUGAUGAUGGGUCCUGGCAUUGUUUUUCUUUCUACAUUAAAUUUAACCUAUUUUAUUAAGUUAAAAAUGUUUUGUUUUUGAUACUCUUUAUACUGUCUCAUAUUAUGAUGUAAUACAAAUAUUGCAUUGUUUUCCUGUCAAAACGGUUCAAGAGUGCAGCAUACAAUUGACCCAAAGCCUGGUGUAAUUACUUGUAUCUCAAUGUAUUUUAAUUUGUAUGCCUUGAAAGUUUCAACUACAUUUUAUAUACAAGCUAUCUGAUGAAAGCCAUUGUGCUGUCCUAAUUAUCCCUCAUUAAGUAUUGGCCACGAGCUUUACAUCAUCUGCUAGAUCUCUAAGGAAGCUUCACAACUUCUAUAUUGGAGUAAAAUAAGCAUUAACACAUUUUUUUUAUAACAUGUUCUUGGUAUGCAAUAAUAUGUCUGCUCUCUAUAAACAGACAUUCCAUUCAUGUAUGACAUUCAUGUGAUCAGUUGUCUUGAGAAAGGGAUAAAUUUGUUCAAUGUUAUCCCUUUGUGGAAUUUUCUUUGAUUCAUGUGCAUUUCAUUGUUCUUAGAACUUAUUAUAUUAUAAAUACUUGUUAAUAUGUUAUGUAUGUAUUGCACUGUAUUAAUAUAUGUUCUGUGUGUCAUUAUAUCUUAUGUAUGCAUCACACUGUAUUAAUAUGUGUUCAGCAUGUCAUUAAAUCUUUCAAGGGACUGAGCAAAUGUGUGGUCAAUGCUAGGUGUGAUAGUCUUAAUACAUAUAUGCAUUACUUGUGAAUGUGCCUUAAUUUCUUAUGAAAAAAAAAAGUGAUAUACAAUUAAUGUGAACUAUAGCAGCACUUUGUGAAGUGAUAUUGUAUGGAAUGACAAGACUUCAGGGUGUAAUGUUGAUGUCAGAAACCUGUUUAAUUCUUGUGAGGGUAAUGAAAUCUAUUUUAAUAGGUUUGAAUGAAAAGUUCAAAUCUUUAUAAAAAAUGAUUCUAAAUAUGUUUGAAUAAAAAAAUAUAUACAUA